CUCACCUUGGUUUGCAGGCACUAGAGAUGACUUCAGGGAUCAUGGAUAACCACAGCCCUGAAUACAACCAGUAUCUGGUUCACAGAUCAGUCUACUCAGAGAAAAAGUUCCAGGAGGAAAAUGAGAAGAAAGAGAUUGUUAAAAAAUCUUUACAAACCAGGAUAAAAAACAACUGCAGUUGUACAUCUAGAAAGGCUCUUCUUUUUAUCAAGUCCGUUCUUCCUAUAGCAGACUGGCUUCCCAAGUACAAAUGGAAAGAAUGGUUAAUAAAUGACCUUCUUGCAGGAAUCACCGUUGGGCUAGUUAGCACCCUGCAAGGCUUGGCGUUUGCAUUGCUUGCAGCAGUCCCUGCUGGAUACGGCCUGUAUUCUUCCUUCUUUCCUGUUCUGGUCUACGCCUUCCUGGGUACAUCUAGGCACCUUUCCGUAGGACCAUUUCCUGUGGUCAGUUUGAUGUCAGGAAUGGUGGUUUUAUCUAUGGCUCCAGAUGAAAAGUUUAUAAUCGCAAGCAACUCCACAGGACUGAACAAAACAGUGAUAGACACAGUAGCCAGGGACGCAGCUAGAGUUGCUAUUACAGGCUCUCUUUGCUUCCUUAUAGGAAUCAUACAGCUUGCGUUAGGGGUAUUUCAGAUUGGCUUCAUUGUCAGGUAUUUGUCAGGUCCAUUAGUUGGUGGAUUUACUUGGGCAGCUGCUUUUCAAGUACUUGUUUCACAAAUAAAACAAUGGCUUAAUGUCCCUGCAAAGAACUACAAUGGAGUGUUCUCAAUAAUAUAUACAAUUAUAGAUAUCUUUUCUAACAUCGGCAAGACCAAUAUAGCUGAUCUGAUUGCUGGAAUUUUAGCUUUCAUUGCAUGUGCUGUUGUGAAAGAAGUCAAUGAGCGAUACAAACAUAUCCUUCGAAUACCAAUUCCUAUAGAAAUUAUUGUGACAAUUGUAGCUACAGGGAUUUCGUAUGGAGCAAAUCUGGAGAAAGUAUAUAAUGCUGGAAUUAUAAAGAGUAUUCCGAGGGGAUUUCUACCUCCCGUGACUCCGAAUUUCAGUAUUUUUUCGGAACUCAUUGGCUCCGCAUUUUCCAUUGGAAUAAUAGCUUAUGCAGUAGCUGUGUCUGUGGCAAAAGUUUAUGGUACUAAGAACAAAUAUCCAAUUAUUGGAAAUCAAGAAUUUAUUGCACAUGGAAUUAGCAAUAUGUUUGGUGGUGCCUUUUCAUGUUUUUGUUCUUCAACCGCACUGUCCCGUACUGCCAUCCAAGAUAGCAUAGGAGGGAAGACUCAGAUUGCUAGUCUCUUCUCAGCUGGUAUUGUGUUAAUUGCUAUUUUGGCAAUUGGCAAGCUCCUUGAACCCCUGCAAAAGUCUGUGCUGUCUGCCAUUGUCUUAGUCAAUUUAAAAGGGAUGUUCUGGCAGAUCCAGGAUGUACCACGCUUAUGGAAACAAAACAAAUGGGACUCGGCUAUCUGGGUUGUUACAUGUAUUUCAUCUAUUAUCCUGGGACUUGAUUUAGGAUUAUUGGUUGGUUUACUCUUUGGACUAUUGACUGUUAUUAUUCGUGUUCAAUUCCCCUCCAGUAGUUCUCUUGGAAAUGUCCCAGGCACAGAUAUCUACAAGAAUGUCAAGAUAUACAAACAUAUUUCUGAGCCUGCAGGAAUGAAAAUUAUUCGUUUUUCAAGUGCCAUUUUCUACGGGAACGUUGAGGGACUAACAAAUGCUGUUAAAUCAUUUGUUGGAUUUGAUGCUGUCAAUGUAUUUAACAAGAGAAACAAAGCCCUACAGAAGAUAAAGAAGCUUAUUAAGAAAGGAGAAAUUCAGUCAAUGCAGAAUGGUAAAAUUAGCAACACAGGUACUGAUAAUGAAGCUUUUGAGCCAGAUGAUAAUCCUGAGAAUCCAGAAGUAGAGAAUACAGAGGUUCAAACAAAAGAAAUUGAAAUCCGAGUAGACUGGAAUUCAGAACUGCCUGUGAAAGUGUCUGUUCCAAAAGUCUCCAUUCACAGCAUCGUUUUUGAUUUUGGCCAAAUACUUUUUAUCGAUUCUGUUGCAUUUAAAGCACUAAAAAUGAUCAUUCAUGAACUUAAAAGAAUUGAUGUAAACGCUUACAUUGCAGCAUGUGAUGAUAAUGUGAUUGCACAGAUGGAAGAAUUUAAUUUCUUUGAUGACAUAAUCAAACCAGAAAUCUUGUUCAUGACUGUUCAUGAUGCUGUAUUGUAUAUUCAGAACCAGAGACAAUUCAGUGAUGGGCAUGAUCCUUUGUUGGAAAAGAUUUCACUUAUGCAAGAAGCAAAAGAAUCAACCGAUUUCCCAGAUGAUGAUCAAGGAUACGAAGAAUUGGAUACCCAGGAUCAGGCUUUCAGGACCCUAGCAUCAUAAAGAAAGGCAGCUUAAUCACCCAAAAGGAAUGGACAGUAUUCAACAGCAAAGAUUGUCUUUUUUGGAUGCAGCAAUACAAAAUUCCUUUUUUUAUCUGUUCAUUUCUUAAUCUGACUGAUUGUGCAGUCUUCACUUCCAUGUUUUUGAGAGCUUCCUUGUUGUGUAUGAUAACAGUCCUGUGAGUAUGGACAGCAAGAAGCGUUUGGUUUUCAAGACGUUCUACGGGAGGAGUAAAUUAACAUUUUUCAUGAUGAUGUAGAAAAUCGAUUAAUUUUUUUAAAGAAAACGUAUAUUGGAAACUAACUUUGUUACCUGCAUUUGUCAAGGCAAUGUGAACAACAGACAAAGGGUGCAGGCUGGACCUCACUUCUGCAACUCAGAGGUCUUCUUGGUUUCUACUUAUAUUAUGAAAUAAUUAGUAUUUUUAAAUUUUAAAUUGUAUGAAAGCACAGCAUACGUUUCACAAUAUUGAUUAUCUAAUUUAAUUUUAGUAUUGCAUCUAUUUUUAAGCUAUAGUAUCUUUUGAAUUACAUCACAAUCUAAAAUAUGAUCUAUAUUAUAUCAACAAUUUUCCCAUUAGUAUGCAAUGUUUUUGAAAACAAGAUUUUCUAAAGAUAUUAUAAUAGAUUGGCUAGUCAUUUGCAUGUGGUGUGAUAGAUUUACACAUUUUAUAGCCCAUUUAUUCAUGACAUUAUUUUACAGCAACUAUAAAUUGUAAAUCAUGAUUAACAAAAAAAGUGCCUUAAAGGUGAUGUCCACCCUAGAGUAAUUUUAUGUCAAGUUUAUGUCUACUAUUUGAAGUCAAAUAAAACAUUUUUGGCAUUUGA